CUCUUCUCUCUUUGGCAAAUAUUUGCCUGGUUUCCACCCCAAGGUAGUCUGAGCGUUGCUUUUGAAGAGGGAAAAUGUCCAGAAAUCACAGGCUGCUGGUGAAAAAUGCCGAGCAGGUUGUUUUAAUCUGCAACAACGGGGAGAAGUUCCUGACCAGGCAUGGGAUGAACAACCUGAGUGUGAUCGAAAACGCCAGCAUUGUCGUCGGCAGUGAUGGUCUGAUUAAAGCUGUGGGUCCUGCAGAAACCAUCAGUGCUCGGUACUCCGAGUCCUCCUUCGAUAAUGUGAUCGAUGCUGCAGGGAUGUGUGUUCUUCCUGGGCUUGUUGAUGCUCACACUCAUCCAGUCUGGGCUGGAGACAGAGUUCAUGAAUUUGCAAUGAAGCUAGCCGGAGCCACCUACAUGGAGGUGCACCGCGCCGGAGGAGGAAUCCACUACACGGUGGAGCACACUCGAGCCGCCGCCGCCUCCGACCUGCUGACCUCCCUGAGGAGCCGGCUGCAGCGGAUGCAGCGAGCCGGAACCACCCUGGUGGAGUGCAAGAGCGGAUACGGCCUGGAGCUCCAGACGGAGCUGAAGAUGCUGGAGGUGAUCGAGGAGGCGAGCAGAUCGCUUCCCAUGAGCAUCUCCUCCACCUACUGUGGAGCCCACGCUGUGCCCAAAGGGAAGACGGUGGCAGAAGCCACAGAGGACGUCCUCCAGGGUCAGCUUCCUCGGCUGAAGGAGCUGAUGUCGGCCGGGAGCCUGAAGGUCCAGAACAUCGACGUUUUCUGCGAGCAGGGAGUUUUUGAUCUGGACUCGACGCGCGCCGUCCUGCUGGCUGGGAAAGAGAUGGGGCUGAACAUCAACUUCCAUGGAGACGAGCUGCAUCCCAUGAACGCUGCAAAGAUGGGAGCGGACCUCGGAGCGUUGGCCAUCAGCCAUCUUGAGGAGGUCACGGACGAAGGGAUCGUCGCCAUGGCGAAAUCGAAAACCGCCGCCGUCCUCCUCCCGACCACGGCUUACAUCCUGCGGCUGCCUCAGCCUCGGGCCAGAGACAUGCUGGAGGCAGGCGUGAUCGUCGCCCUCGGCAGCGACUUCAACCCCAACGCUUACUGCUGCUCCAUGCCGCUAGUGAUGCAUCUGGCCUGCGUCAACAUGAGGAUGUCCAUGACGGAGGCUUUGGCUGCCGCUACCAUCAACGCCGCGUACGCACUCGGCCGCUCCGACACGCACGGAUCCCUGGAGGUGAACAAACGUGGAGACCUGCUGAUCCUGAACGCAACACGGUGGGAGCACCUGAUUUACCAGCUGGGCGGACACCAGGAGCUCAUCCGCUACGUCGUCAUCAGAGGAAACAUAGUGUACGAUAACGACAAAACCCUUGACCUCUGACCCCGAAGGAACUCCCAGCAGAAGUGAAUUGGGACUGGACUCUUAAAAACCUGAACUGAGAUGCUAAUAAUAGCCUCUAUGUUAACCCUCAUGUUGACCAACAGUAACAAACUGCAGUGUGAAAAAAUAAAAUGUUAGUUAA